AUGACUGAUGACCCUUCUAUGGGAUUAGAUUUAUCGAUGAUGAACGGUAUGGGUAUGGGACAGCAACAAAUGAGUACAGAUUACCUCAAUUUUCAGAACACAAAUCAACAGUAUUCGCCUGAAAUCCUUUCAUUAAUUUAUCGAAAUCAGACACAAAAUACUCAAUCCUCUAAAGUUCCACAGUAUUGCACUCGUGGAAGUUGGUCCCAGCAAGAAGAUGAACAAUUAAUUUCUGCAGUUCAUCAACUUGGGCCCAAGAAAUGGACAGAUAUUGCAAGAUUUGUUCCUACAAGAACUUCCAAACAGUGCAGAGAGAGAUGGCAUCAUUGUUUAGACCCUCAAAUCAGACACGAGCCGUUCGAGCCAUGGGAAGAUCAAUUAAUUUUAGAAAAGCAACGCGAAAUUGGUAAUAAAUGGUCAAUAAUCGCACAACAGCUACCAGGAAGAAGCCCUGCUUCUGUGAAAAAUCGUUGGUAUUCAAGUCUUAAAACUAAUACAAAUCAUAUUGCCACAUUUACUGGUGGAAUUAUGCUAGAUACAGGUAUCAAUAAGAAUUCUGAUGUUUUAGAUGAGUGA